UUACCUGAAACACCCCUUUAGUUCCAGUUACUACUUGGCGACCUUAACCCAUUGCGAUUGGUUCCCGAGGGCAUAACUGUCAAUAGCAAAAUGAAUUGCCUGCCGAGAAAACCCUAACCCUACACCCUAAGUACAUCCCACCCUCCCACUCCUUGAUUUUCUCCUUUCUGCUUCGUUCUACUCUCCACUCCCCUCAAGUACUUACUCUCCAUCCGUGCCUAGUCUGCUCCUCUCUUUGUCCAUUAUAAGGCUUCCUCAACACUGGUUCUGUUCCUUCAGUUUGUAUAAAAGCUUGGUUGAACAGUGAGGCACCACUUCUGAAAGGGUAAUAAGCUUGCGGAAGAAGGUAAUUAAGGCGAUAACCUUUCAAGUGUCUGGCUGAGUUUUUCAAAAGGGUUUCAGGAUUGUUCACUAUGGCAGAGCCCUCAAAAGUCAUUCACGUUCGUAAUGUUGGUCAUGAAAUUUCUGAGAAUGACUUGCUCCAGCUGUUCCAGCCAUUUGGAGUUAUCACCAAACUUGUGAUGCUUCGAGCCAAAAAUCAGGCCCUCCUCCAAAUGCAAGAUAUCGCUUCAGCAGUAAGUGCAUUGCAAUUCUACACUAACGUUCAGCCAAGCAUAAGGGGAAGGAAUGUUUAUGUUCAAUUUUCAUCACAUCAAGAACUAACCAUUAUGGAUCAAAAUGCUCAAGCGAGAGGAGAUGAGCCUAACAGAAUCCUCUUAGUUACGAUACAUCACAUGCUAUAUCCUAUUACUGUGGAAGUGCUGCAUCAAGUUUUUUCUCCUCAUGGAUUUGUAGAGAAGAUCGUCACGUUUCAGAAGUCGGCUGGUUUUCAAGCUCUAAUUCAGUAUCAAUUACACCAAAGUGCUAUUUCUGCGAGGAACUCCCUUCAGGGACGAAAUAUAUAUGAUGGUUGCUGUCAGCUGGAUAUUCAGUUCUCAAACCUUGACGAAUUGCAAGUGAACUAUAAUAAUGAACGCUCAAGGGAUUUCACAAACCCUUCCUUGCCUUCAGAACAAAAGGGCAAGUCCUCUCAACCUGGGUAUGGAGAUACAGGCAUGUAUGCCCAUGCAGUUGGAUUUCCACAGAUGGGCAAUGCUGCUGCCAUCGCGGCUGCCUUUGGAGGAGGUCUACCACCCGGUAUAAGUGGAACAAAUGAUAGGUGCACAGUUCUUGUAUCUAAUCUGAAUCCUGAUAGAAUAGACGAGGAUAAGCUUUUCAAUUUGUUCUCAAUAUAUGGGAACAUUAUUAGAAUCAAACUUCUCCGAAAUAAACCAGAUCAUGCAUUGGUUCAAAUGGGAGAUGGUUUUCAGGCUGAAUUGGCUGUUCACUUUUUGAAGGGUGCUAUGUUGUUUGGUAAGCGCUUGGAGGUGAACUUUUCAAAGCAUCCAAACAUUACAACUGGAGCUGAUACACAUGAGUACUCCAACUCGAAUCUCAAUCGUUUCAAUCGGAACGCUGCCAAAAAUUACCGGUAUUGCUGUUCACCGACCAAAAUGAUCCACAUCUCCACUCUCCCCCAGGAUGUGACUGAAGAAGAAAUAAUAACCCACCUCGAAGAGCAUGGAACAAUUGUUAGUACGAAACUCUUUGAGAUGAAUGGAAAAAAGCAGGCUCUUGUCCUCUUUGAAAAUGAGGAGCAGGCUACAGAAGCCCUUGUGUGCAAGCAUGCUACAUCACUUAGUGGUUCAACCAUUCGGAUUUCCUUCUCUCAGUUGCAAACUAUAUGAGGACUAGCGCUCAAGGCCACCAAGUAGUGGAGCUGUAGACAGUGCCAGAAUCAAGACGGGUUCAUUUUUUAGUACAGUGAUCUCUUGAGGAGUACAGUGAUCUUGAAGAUGAUCUAAUCAUAAAGUCUAGUGGUACCUUCAUCAUUAUGCUAUUGUUCAUCUCCUCUCUCUCAAAAAGGACUGGCUGCAAUCAUAGCAUGAUUGGAGACAAUAAGAUUUGUAGUCUGCUACUGUGAUUGUGCAGUGUGUUCUGUAACUGAUUUCCAUGUGAAAAGCUACAGUUUGCUUGUUACUGGUUCAAAUCGCUCUAAGGUUUGACGUUCCUUCUGAUUCAAUAGGAAAUCUUUUGUUCUGUUAUGGUAAGUAUGUAGUGCCUGGAGCUACCAUCAUCUGGUUAAUUACACUUACCUCAUCCGAAAUGACUAAAUUAUCACUUCA